AAACCAUCACUACAGUAUCUCGACUUUGGAUUUGGGUCACAGCCCUGCUUACGACUAUCGACUGGGUUCAAAAAGAGACGUUCAUCUUAUCUCCAAGGUUAGACUUCUGGAGAAGAUGUCUGGGAUACUUUCCAUCCACAACCUGAAGAAGGCCGUACCUUUCAUCCUUCACUUCGCCUUGACGAUCCUUGUCGCUUUCGUGACCCUCUACCUCAUUGAUUCGCGUAGUGGGGAUAGAAUCUACAACCUCAACCAUCGUCAGCCCCAUUUCACCGACCUCGAUGGCGGGAAGACUACUGCUGGCCUCAAUUCAUACAGACUCCUGCAAUCCGACAUCACAACCGCGCUUAGCAUCGCAGCCAGCGCCACUCGCGCAGCGGCUGCGUGCUGGGCUGGCAAGCUUCUCUGGCGGUGUGCGUUUAUGUUCAUGGAGAAAGGGGAAAUCACCAUAGCUGGUUUCUCCAAAGUCGUUGAUGGUGGAAUAACAACGCUGCUGUGGCCUCGCGACGUUGCCAACCGAAAGAAUGUUUUUCUCGUCUAUCUUAUCAUCUUCACCUGCUUCGGGAUGGAUUAUUUCUCGUCUAUCCUGACGGGAUCGGUCACCUGGCAACCUACGUUUAUUCUGGUGGAUGGGUUUAUACCUGUGGGGAAUAUCAAGGAGGGAGAAGCCGGGCAGAACAUUGCAACGUAUCGAAACGAUCCAGUCAUUGUUUCGAACACUAUAGAAAGUGGAGCGGCUUUGUCCUUGGUUUCCUGGGGGAACCUCAACACGAAUUCUUCAUAUCUUACCCUGCCAUCCAAUCUCACCCGACGUCCUAUUAUCCAAUACGCAGAGACUCAAACCAUUCAAUAUCUUCCCAUCAAUUCGACAUUGGAUACAAUCCGCUUGCCGUAUUUCAAAGUGAAUAAUUUUGAAUACAUCACAGACCCCGAAGCUGUUCUCUCAAGUCAACAGAAAUCAUUGCUCAACGAUUCUAGUAUUUAUAACCCCUACAUCACCGACCAGGGAUUAGCUGCAUUCCUCCCCGAUGCUUCUUGGGGUCCAGGCUCUAGUCCUAACCUGCCAGAUCCUACCAACGUAUCUGAAUCUCGGAUUCUCAGUAUUCGAGUUCUUUCCCCGACCAAUCCAGAUUGCACCUCGCCUUACCCCGAUUAUUACAUCCCCUCCAACGUCAGUUUCUACCUCACUCUCACCAAUAACUCAACGCGCUAUUCGUGCUUCGCAUUCGCAAACGUGACAUAUACAGCUGGCGGUGCGGUUUGUCAGAACUGCAAGAUUGUCUCACCUGCCGUUGUUGAGGGCAAUAUCGAGGAUGAAAACCUACAACUCGUUCCAGAUCCUCUGACUAUCGAGGCCCUGGCGAUAGCUCCGUCGGUUGGAACACAUACGCUGCUCACUGUCUUUUCAGCACUUACGACAGAUAUUUCAACUCCCGUGAACAGUAUUGCGAUCGAGUUCGUUUCACGGGCCUAUCAAUCCGCAUGGUCAUCCUUAGUACUGACAAUCGGUUCAGUUGGUCCAAAUAACGCGACCGGUGUGGCAUUCGCCCUCCCAGCUUCGCACCCCACCGUUACUCGCUGGAGGGUCUAUAUCUGGACUGGAUUACAACUUGCGCUCUUACUGUGUGGCGUCGCUUUUGCGUAUUGGCAAAGUCACUUCCGCCAUCCCUGGUUUUCGGAUCCUACGAUGAUAGCGUUCCAGCUUGAUACCGCGGGGCUUUUCCAGCAGGAUGCAGUGGCUGAUCCAAAGGAUCCUUGGCAUCCAGAUGCGGAAUAUCCAACUGGGAAGCUUCGGUUGGAGGAUUAUGAUCAUCAACGCCCUGGGCAGCCUAGAGCUGUGACGUUGAUACAGAGAAACGUCAAGCAGACCGAGGUCGCGGAUGUGGAGACAAAGCCUUCGGAUCCUUGAGCGGGUCUUGUUUUGUUACAACUCCCCCGUUCCCCGCCCUCUAACGUUGCAUAUGGUGGAAGGCAAGGAUUCUUCGAGAUAUGUAUGUGUUAUGAUCACUGUAACGGGCAUUCUAUACCAUUCUAUACAUACCCUGUCAUU